UGCUGCGCCUCGUCCGAGGCUGCACGUCGGGCCUCUGUGCUGCGGGCAAAGCGCACCACUCGAUCGUUUGGCGGCGGCGGCGGCGCAGGCUGUGGAGGGGACAACAGCAGGCGCAGAUCAGCCAUCACCCUCCCUCUCCCCUCGCUUUAUAGAGGGAAAGAAAGAGACAGGCAGUCAAAGACAAAAAGAGAGGGAGAAAGAGAGAGAGACAAAGACAAAGACAAAGAGACAGAGACAAGAGAACAACGAAGAGGGAAGAAGAAGAAGAAGAGAGGCCGAGUCCCCUUUGUCUGAGUUUCUCCCUGUGCUUUUUCCCAUUCGUCGUCGCUGAAUGUCCGCUGCUGCCGCUGCCGCUGCUUUUGCUGCCGUGUCGCCGCCCGUCGCUCGUGUUAUUAUUAUUGUUGUUGUUGUGUUGUUCUCUUGUCUGUUUCCACCUCAAUCGCCCCGCGCGCAGACCGCGAAGAAGCGACGCGAAGCAAAGCAAGGCGAUGAGCAGCAGCGGCAGGGCGUCACUCAUCCACUCCCAUCUCUUCUUCUGUGAAGUGAAUCACGUCGAGGGAAAACACCUUC